AUGUCAGCGCCGACCUUAGCGCAGACGAGAAAGAGGUCUGAAUACCUCUUAAAGGCCUCAGAGGCUGAUGAAAAUGAGAGACUCGACAUCCAGCAUCGCUUGUUAUUGCAUAUGAUGCACCAGAAGCUGCUCCAUCCCAACAUUCCAGAAAACCUCGAACGGGUUGCGGACAUCGCCACCGGAAAUGGAGACUGGCUGUUUGAGCUAAACAAGGCACGCAAUGCGUCAAAAUCACAAUCCUCGUCGGCAUCACGACAAACGAACUAUCAUGGUUUUGACAUUUCAGCCUCCCUGUUCCCAACGCAAUCAAUAGCAGACAUCGACUUCUCCGUGCAUGACUUUUACAAACCCUUCCCGCAGGAACACCUUGAGAAAUACGAUCUCGUACAUGCCAGGCACCUAGUCCUCGCUGUGACGAAAUCAGACCUACAAACAGCGGUCAAGAAUAUCUCAUCUCUAUUAAAACCCGGUGGCUACAUCCAAUGGGAAGAAUACGACUUCGCCGACCAACUCGCCGCAUGCCCGCCUUGCAAGAUGACCUCCACCUGGGAGCUGGUCUUCGGGAUGCUCGUAAAGCGCGGGUACAGCCUGACAUUCUCCAGCGAUGUCCGUGAUGCCCUCGCCGCAGCCGGCCUGGAUGUUAUCGAGAGAAAACAGUUCAGUACGAAAGGGCUGCCGGUCAGUGAGGACCACCGUCUUACCUUGCUCCAUGCGUUUCGUACUGGGGUUCCGAGGCUUUGUUGGAAGGCAAAGGGGAAGAGUGAUGAAGAGAUAGAGGAGAUUAUGGCCGGUUGUUUCGACGAGUGGGAGAGGGGUAUUAUACUAGACUACGUGUUUUCCUGGGUUGUUGCUAGGAGGCCUGCUUAG